UGUAGAGAGCGCCGGUGACAACCACAAGGACGCCGUAGUGGGAAUCAUAUGUGACUUUGGCUAUCUCAGGAUCUUUUCUAUGUCUCUGAAGUCCGUAUAAUUCGAUCAAACACGUACCGGGUUGAACUUUGAUGUGACAUUAUCGAAAUGCAUGAUGAAAUAAACCGAUUUUAAACAUUUAAACAAAGACCAGCAUACGGAAAAACAACAUUAUUCAAAAGAAAGUACCAUACAGUUCACGUAUAAACUGCUCACACCCUGUUCAUGUCUGUGGACGACCUCCAUGAUCUUUGGUUUGAGAAUCUGAAUGAGAGUGAUAUGGUGCUCCUAAUAAAUAUAUAAACAAAACCGUCGGAACCAGAUCGUUGACUAAACAAUGGAAUACACUAUCACCUGAUCUAGGUUUGAUUUAAACUGUUGAAAUCAACAAACUGAACUCAGGGCAGAAUGUCUGAUUGUCCCCAGCCAAAAGGAAAGGAGAGGGGGUCCAGCAAAUGCAAUUGCAUAUAUACAAGCAGAGUAGCUUUUAUUUGUAAACUAGCAAACGUCAUGCUAACGUUGGCAUUCCUCGCUCUUUUAAUAGUCUGGACUGUUGUAAGAGCUCCUUUAACAAGACACAAUGAAAGCUUAGCAUGCAUUCCUUGCGACACAAUAAAGUUCAAUGCUAACACAAACCUGGGCCAAGUAGCUGCUGCUAAUUUUCCUAUCAAACAGAGAGAUGAUGGAAUGUGUUGCGGACCUGCCGAAAGCAUUACUCAGAUGAUGUUUCAAAAGGAAAUGGCAGCUCAGUAUCACUACCACAGUUCAGGUCAAAGUUUCCUUGACAUAGUGGAAGAGUAUGUUGCCUGUGAAAGAGAAACCAACGAUAAGCAGACCAUUGCUAAAGUAGUUGGAAUUAUGGGGUUCAAAUCUAGCUACAUUGUUGAUGGUCAUCACAAAGUCCUGUGGAAUAAAAACGGUCGAACAUUUUAUGCAAAUAAAUGCAUACACUUGGAUCUCGAAGGCGAAAUAUUUGUGAGACAAUCGGGCUACUACAUCGUUUCUUCGCAGCUGAAUCUGCGACGACGAAAUGAGACAGGCACACCGAUAAAUGGAACCAGAACAACGACCUUUAUUCAUCAUCUUGAUCUCUUUUCACACAAAUAUGGCACAACGGGGAUGUUGAUGCAAACCAAAAAUUCAAUUGAAAGAAAUGGUGUAUACUUCACAAGUUUCUUGUCGGCGGUUUUUAAGCUGAACAAAUAUGAUAGGCUCUCUGUGUCCAUCUCGCACCCAGAACUGUUAGACAAUGACAAAAAAUUUGAUAAUUUCCUGGUUUAUUACACUUAUGAUCUGCAAAACUAAAAUACGAUUUAAUUACAUUGUAUAUAAACAUGUCAAUUCAACGAAACUAAGUAAAAGAAAAUAAAUUCAAAUGCUUCCCCCAUAAUCCUCUGAUCUUAACAUAUUGACGUUUAUGAUAGUCAAAUGGAUUUUAUUGUUGUAAAAUGUAUGUAACGUCGAUGGAACGUCAGAUUACGUCAUUAAAAAUGUUUUUGGAAACGUUGUGUUUCAGCGUUUUAGUUUGAUUAUUCCAAAGACAUUUGGAAACUUUGAGUUUUUAUCUUACUACUGUAUCGAUUAUGUGAACCUUAAUGAAAUAAGUGAAUUUGAUUAACCAUGACCUGUUUUUUAAAAGAUUGAUAUUAUUUGUACUAACUACUUUCCACUUCUUCAUUAUAAUCAUUUUUGUUAAUGAUAAAAUUCAACCUGUUGUUAAGCCGCCAUUAAUCCACAUCUUUACAUUGCGUCCACAUGUAGGAAUAUUAAGUUAACAAAUUUGUUUAGAAAAGAAUUUGCAAAUCAGCGAUAGAUAAAUAUGUUACACAAUCGUGGAUAAUUAGAAAUGAUGAUGACGAAAGACUAGUCUCCCUUUUUCACUCAAAUUAUCUCAAUCAUGAAUUUUAUUUGAUAUUACGAUUUCUAAAAAACUACAGAGUCUAAAGAAAGCAAUGU